AACAAUGAAGCCAAACCAGAGUGUAACUGAGUUCAUACUGUUAGGAUUGACACAGGAUCCUCUGAGGCAGAAAAUGGUGUUUAUAAUCUUCUUAAUCUUCUACACUGGAACUGUGGUGUGGAAUUUACUCAUUAUCGUGACCAUCAAGUUCAGUCGGGCUCUUGGGAGUCCCAUGUACUUCUUCCUAUUUUAUUUGUCCAUUGCUGAUACCUGCUUUUCAACUUCCAUAGCCCCUAGACUAAUUGUGGAUUCUCUCUCUGCAAAGAAAGUUAUAUCCUAUAAUGAGUGUAUGACACAAGUCUUUGCAUUGCAUUUAUUUGGAUCCAUGGAGAUCUUUGUCCUAGUCCUCAUGGCUGUUGAUCGCUAUGUGGCCAUCUGUAAGCCCUUGCGUUACCCAACCAUCAUGAGACCAGAGGUCUGCUUCAUCUUGAUUAUUCUUGCCUGGAUAGGGUCUUUCAUACAUUCUACAACUCAGAAUGCCCUGGUCUCAAAACUGCCCUUCUGUGGACCCAAUCUGAUUGAUCAUUAUUGCUGUGAUUUGCAGCCAUUGUUAAACCUUGCCUGCAUGGACACUUAUGUGAUCAACCUACUGUUGGUAUCUAAUAGUGGGGCCAUUUGCUCAAGCGGAUUCUUGCUUCUGAUGAUCUCAUACAUGGUCAUCUUGUAUUCACUUAGGAACCACAGUGAAGAAGGGAGGAAAAAAGCCCUUUCCACUUGCACCUCCCACAUCAUAGUAGUCGUCUUAUUCCUUGGCCCAUGUAUAUUCAUGUAUACACGUCCACCUACCACUUUCCCCAUGGACAAGAUGGUGGCAGUAUUUUAUACCAUCGGGACACCCUUUCUCAACCCACUCAUCUACACACUAAGGAAUGCAGAAGUGAAAAAUGCCAUGAGAAAGUUAUGGAGUAUCAAAAUUACCUCAGAAAGCAAAUGAUGAAAAGUGGGUGUGAUCCUAUGCUUAGUAAUGGGACUGCAUUUAUACAGGCAUUAAAAAUGAUAGUAUGUGAUUGUUGUGGGACUAACAUACAAUUAUAUAUAAGGUGAUUUUGUUUGUUUGUUUGUUUAUAAACAAGAUGAA